UCGACGUAACGCUUCAUUAUUUCAGUGAUCCAGCUGCGUGGGUUGAACAUUGAUGCUCGAUUUCUCUGAUGCUGGUGACCAGGCGGUGGGAGAGGCUCGCGACCCGCACAUUGUUCCUCGCCCUUGCGCUGUUGCUGCAUUCUAGGAUGUUGCGACAAGUGUUGCACGAGGGGCUCAGGACGUCAUUCCACAAACUGGGCCACUUUGUAGCCAAUCACCCGGUGUUUUUCGCCUCCGCACCCGUGUUGAUCUCCAUCCUGCUCGGCGCGAGCUUCAGCAGAUACCGCAUAGAGGAAAACGUGGAGUACCUGUUGGCGCCCAAGCACAGCCUUGCGAAGAUCGAGGGGAACUUGGUGGAUAGUUUGUUCCCCGUGAACCGGUCCAAGCACACUCUCUACUCGGAUUUGCAGACACCCGGGAGAUAUGGCCGGGUCAUCGUGACCUCCCGGAGAGGGAGCGUGUUGGACCCUCACCACGUCAAUACAGUCCUGAAGCUACAUAACACAAUCACUCAGAUCCAGGUCCCUAUGCUGGGCUUCAACUACACCUUUGCUCACCUCUGCCUACUGGAUGACAGCAAGAGCUGCAUCGUAGAUGACAUCCUGCGUGUUCUGGAGGAGAUGAGGUUAGCACGGGCUUCCAACCGGUCCAUACCCACUCUGUAUUACCCCAUCACCAGACUCAAGGAUGGGCGAGAAGCCUACAUAGGCCACCAGCUGGGAGGUGUCCAGGCAGGUGGAGGGCUAAAUGGUGUGCGUUCUGCUCGAGCCCUUCAGCUCACAUACUACCUGCAAGUGGCCAGUCCACUGAAUGAAGUGGUGGCAGCACGCUGGGAGCUGCUGUUUUGCAGAGAGCUGGAUAACUUUGGAAAAGCUCAUCCAGAGCUUGGCUUGUACCCCUUCACAUCCUCUUCUCUGCAAAGGGACUUCCAAAGGACCAGCCGGGUGUCAGAGCGGCCGCUGCUCUUCAGCCUGGCUGUAUGUCUCUCGCUGGCCAUGCUGUGCUGCUCGAUGCGGGACUGUGUGCGUACUAAGCCCUGGCUGGGUCUGCUGGCUCUGGUGACCGUCAGCCUGGCUACACUCACCUCUGCAGGCAUCUUCAACCUUACUGGAGGAAAAUACAAUUCAACAUACCUGGGCAUCCCUUUUGUCAUGUUGGGUCAUGGCUUGUUUGGCACAUUUGAAAUGCUGUCAUCUUGGCGCCGGACUCGCGAGGACCAGCAUGUGAAGGAGCGGGUUGCAGCAGUGUUCUCAGACUGUAUGCUGCCCUUUACGGCCAGCACGGCCUUGCACGUGGUCACCUUCGGCAUUGGGGCCAGUCCGUUCACCAACAUCGAGGCUGUACGACUCUUUUGUCGAAAUGCCUGUAUCUCAGUCCUCUUCAACUACCUCUACAUCCUCACCUUCUAUGGCUCCAACCUAGUGUUUGCCGGCUACCUGGAAAACAACUACCGUCACAGUCUGUUUUGCAGGCGUGUACCGAAACCAGAGUUACUGCAACAGAAGCCGGCAUGGUAUCGGCUCCUCAUGUACACACAUUACAAUGAAGAGGCCCCAGAUGCUGGACCUCUGCAUGCUUAUGAAAGUCACCUGCUGUUAGCAUUCAUGAAGCGGUACUACUGUGACUGGAUCACCAACACCUAUGUUAAACCCUUUGUGGUUCUUUUUUACUUGGUGUAUGUUUCCUUCGCCCUCAUGGGCUACCUUCAGGUCAGUGAGGGUUCAGAUCUUAGUAAUGUGGUUGCCACAGAAACAAGUACUAUAGCAUAUACCCGUGCCCAGCAGCGCUAUUUCAGCAGUUACAGCCCUGUGAUUGGCUUCUACAUCUACGAGUCUAUAGAGUACUGGAACACCAGCGUGCAAGAGGACCUACUGGAGUACACCAAAGGGUUUGAACGUAUCUCCUGGUUUGAAAGUUACCUCAAUUACCUUCAUGGGCUGAACAUCACUACUAGCCUGUCACGCAGCAAUUUCACUGAACGACUGCGAUCUGGCUUUUUGCUGCAACCACAUUAUGUGCACUUCUCGGAUGAUAUCAUAUUUGCAAAACGUGUAGAUGGGGAAUUUGAUGUGGUGGCUUCACGUAUGUUUCUUGUGGCUAAGACAACAGAAAACAAAAGAGAGGAGAUGUCAAUCCUACUGGACACAUUGAGGAAGUUGUCGCUGACCUCAAGGGUAAAGUUUAUCAUCUUUAAUCCCUCCUUUGUGUAUAUGGACCGCUAUGCCUCAUCUGUUGGAGCACCGCUGAAGAACUCUUGCAUUGCUGCAUUGUUUCUGCUGUUUUUUUCAACCUUCUUGGCAGCUGACCCACUGGUAAAUGCCUGGCUAACUGUGACAGUAACCUCUGUUGAGUUUGGUCUGGUAGGGUUCAUGACUCUGUGGCAGGUAGAGUUGGAUUGUGUCUCAGUACUAUGUCUGAUUUAUGGGGUGAACUAUGCCAUAGAUUCCAGUGCUCCUCUGGUGUCUGCAUUUGCUCUUGGAAGAGAAUCCACCCGUACGCGCUGGGUGAAACUGGCUCUGGAGCGACAUGGAGUUCCUGCCCUUCAGAGCUACUUAUGUUAUGGGGCUGCACUGCUUCCCUUAGCGGCUGUGCCCUCUAACCUCACCCGCACGCUCUUCAGGUGCCUCUUUCUUACUGCCAUCAUUACCGCCUUCCACUGUUUGGCCAUCCUCCCCGUCCUACUCACCUUCCUGCCUCCCUCCAAGAAAAAAAGGAGGGAGAGAAAGAAUGCUGCAGAAAACAGUGAAGAGAUUGAGUGUGUAGAGAUGGUGGACAGCACACGUGUGGUUGAUCAGAUUACCACUGUCUGACCACAUGACCAAAAGAGAGAGGCUGCCUGGAGAAUAUAAUAGAGGGAAAAAAAACACCUCCAGGGGGUGGCAGAGGAAGGCCUGAGAUAUAAGAGAUAAGAGAGCCUGAGUGCAGCUGGACUUCUAGUUUCCAUAUUUAAAAGCCUCUAGGCUUUGAGGUAUGUUGUGGGCAUACUUUAGCAUAAACAAGUUUGAGCCCACUUUUUAAGUAAGGCUUUGUUGUGAUGGUAAAAGCAGUAGAUGAGUCUGAGGUUGAGCCAUUAAAGCUAGGCCUUUUUUAAUGGUAAAAGCCCUGUGCAGGAUUUGUUGAAGCUCAAUGUCCAUCGCUCACAGUGAGGACAGAGAGCCAGAUGAACCAUGUUGCAGAUUAUCACAGAGAAGUCUCCUCUUGUCUGCAGUCUUACAGAAGUGGAGGAGAUCUCUUGCUUUAACAAGGUAUUGAUGGAGACAUACAAUGUCUCUGGUACCAUUGUAAUGCCCCAGUACCAUAUCAUACUAAGACUUUCAUGGGGCACAAAGCUAAAGACCAAGCAACUAUAUUCAUAUUUGCUGUUAGCCUUGACUUUACGGCACCUGAUAUCAUCUCUCCCCUGAGACUAGAUGUGUUGUUGAAACCAUAUAUUUGUCUCUAAGGAUUUAGUGGUAUUAAAAACGCACAAUUCUUGAAAAGGUUAAUAUCUCAAUCCAUUCAUUUUUCUCCACUCAAAAUCACCUCCCCACCCUUGACCAAAUACUGUAUGUAUCAGAGGCAUUGAAGGCUGAUCUUCUACAAAGGGAUGUACAGUAUGAAGGUCCCGGUAUACUUCAUACCAAACUGAAGAACAAAUGGGUGUGAUGUCAUUUCAAACUAAAUCUGGCUA